AUGCGUGUGGGCGGACGGCUGCUGCUGCAGCACCACGUCAGCCCGGGGUUGAGGGUGGAUGGCCUCGGCGGCCGUCUCCUCCUGUCCCCUGGGGCCAGCUGCUCUCAGGGCGCCUUGGGACACCAUGGGAGGGAGGCCCACCCUGGACUCUCCCGGGGGCAACCCCGAGCCGGCAGCUGCCUGGGCAAGGGCCGGUCCUGCAGAGAGCGGAGAAAUGGGGAACACAGGCUGAGCAGAUUGCAGUGGGAGAAAGAGCCUGGGAGGCCCUCCGCCUCUGAGAAGAGCAGCCUCUCGGCUGCUCUGGGCCAGCUUCGGGCCAGCACCCCUGCCCACCCGCUGGCAGCUCCUCGGUCAGGGUGGUCCCAGGUCCCAGCUCCUGCGUCGUGCCCUCUGGGGCCGCCCCCCGCUCCCGGCCCCAUCGCAGCGCUGGGUGUGAGCACGCGCGCGUCCUCGGUCUGCACGGCUGUCCGUCUCCCAGGCGGGCUGGGCUGCAGCCUUCCUCGCCCUCCGUGGCUCCGACCUCCCCACGGGCUUCAUGCCCCCUCGGCCUCGCUGGAGUCGCGCUGUGACUGUCCACUGCCCGCCCCCGAGUGUCACGUGGCGGGGCUUUGCCCGCCGUGCUCACCCCCGGUGCAGACAGCAUCUUGCGGGGCCAUGCUCGACAAGACUCCUCACGAGAAAGAGGAAGGUGGGUCUCCCCGCCUGACCCCCGGGAGCUUUCCCGAGACGGGACCACCCUUCUGGGAGCUAGGGGUGGACACUGCUCCUGGGAGUGAGCUGAGUAAGAUCGCUUCUGCCGCGCCAGCAUGCAUGUGUGGCGCCAGCUGUGAGCGCGGCUCGUGCAGAGGUGCUGGGGUGGCCAGCGAGCCACCAGAUCUCUGCCCUCCUUGGUGCCUGCGCCUCCGGCAUCAGGGCACCCGAGGGCGGCCGGCUCAGUCUCUGGCGUGGACGCAUCUGGGCCCGGCUUGGGGGCCGGGCUUGGCCGCCUCCGUGACGCGGCAACUGUGCGCCUGCCUGUCUGAGCCCCCAUCCGGUGCAGCCUGGGAGAAGCUCAGGGCCUCCUGCAUGGCGGGCCCCAUGCGUGCGGACUAG